GUGUCAUGGCAAGGUGAUGCCCUCCUCAACCCCCCCCCCCCUCCCCCCCCCCGGUUUGAACCCUGAUCUUUUGAAUCAGCCAAUCCCAAAGCAGCAUCAGUGUCUGGCCAGCCAGCAGCCAUGACUGAGUGCUUCCUGCCACCCAGCAGCAGCCCGGCGGAGCAGCGUCGCUCCGAGCACCCGGGCGGCGUGGCGCGCACGCCCAGCUCCGAGGAGAUCAGCCCAACAAAGUUCCCAGGGCUCUACCGCACCGGCGAGCCCUCACCCCCCCACGACGGCUCUCACCACGACCCCCCUGACGCUGCGUCUGACGAGGACAAGGAGCACAGCCGCAAGAAGAACAAGUUCAAGAAGAAGGAGAAGAGAACGGAGGGCUACGCAGCGUUCCAGGAGGACAGCUCGGCAGAUGAAGCGGAGAGCCCGUCCAAGAUGAAGCGGUCUAAGGGCAUCCAUGUGUUCAAGAAGCCCAGCUUCUCCAAGCGCAAGGAGAAGGACUUCAAGGUCAAGGAGAAGCUGCCCAAGGACGACAAGAAGGACAAGGAGAAGGACAAGGACAAGAAGUCCAAGGACCUGACGGCCGCCGACGUGGUCAAGCAGUGGAAGGAGAAGAAGAAGAAGAACAAGAACAAGAGUGGCAGCAGCGGCGGCGGAGCGGUGGUCAGUGGAGGCGAGCCGGAACCGAGUGCCCCGGAGACUGUUGCCACAGCGAUCCGGCCCAUUUUCGGCGCGCCACUGGAUGAGGCGGUUCGGCGUACAGCGCUCUAUGAUGGCAUCCCGCUGCCUGCCGUCUUCCGCGAGUGCAUCGACUAUGUGGAGAGUUACGGCAUGAAGUGUGAAGGCAUCUACCGCGUCUCAGGCAUGAAGUCGAAAGUGGACGAGCUGAAGGCGGCGUAUGACCGCGAGGAGUGCCCAUGCCUGGAGGAGUACGACCCGCACACAGUGGCCAGCCUGCUGAAGCAGUACCUGCGCGAGCUGCCCGACGGUCUGCUGGGCCGCCCCGCCGCCGCCCGCCUGGAGGAGGCCUGCGGCCGGCCCGCCGAAUCCGAGCGCCUGGCCGAGUGCCAGCGGGCGCUGGCCGAGGUGCCUGAGCCGGCGCGGCUCUUGCUAGCCUGGCUGGUCACGCACAUGGACCACGUGAUCGCCCGCGAGGCUGACACUAAGAUGAACAUUCAGAACAUCUCCAUUGUGCUCAACCCCACCGUCCAGAUCGGGAACCGCGUUCUGUACCUGUUGUUCACACAUGUGCGGGAGCUGUUUGGGGAGGUGGUGCUGAAGCCCGUGGUGCGUCCGCUCCGCUGGUCCAACAUGGCCACCAUGCCAGCGCUGCCAGAGACGCAGGAGAGCAUCAAAGAAGAGAUCAGACGACAGGAGUUCCUGUUGAACUGCCUGCACAGAGAUCUGCAGGCCGGAGUGAAGGAUCUGUCCAAAGAGGAGAGAUUGUGGGAGGUGCAGCGUAUCCUCACUGCACUCAAGCGCAAGUUACGAGAGGCCAAAAGACAGGAGUGUGAGACUAAGAUCGCACAGGAGAUCGCCAGCCUGUCCAAAGAGGACGUCUCUAAAGAGGAGAUGACCGAGAACGAGGAGGAGGUCAUCAACAUCCUGCUGGCGCAGGAGAAUGAGCUCCUGACAGAGCAGGAAGAGUUGAUAUCUCUGGAGCAGGUGCUGCGGCGACAAAUCGUCACGGAGAAGGAGGAGAUUGAGAGGCUCCGUGCAGAGAUCGCUGACAUUCAGAGUCGUCAGCAGGGUCGCAGUGAGACAGAGGAGUACUCCUCGGACAGCGAGAGUGAGAGUGAAGAUGAAGAGGAGCUGCAACUCAUCCUGGAGGACCUGCAGAAGCAGAACGAGGAGCUGGAGAAUAAGAACACCCAUCUGAACCAGGCCAUCCAUGAGGAGCAGGAGGCCAUCUUGGAGCUGCGUGUCCAGCUUCGUCUCCUCCAGAGUCACAAGCCCAUCUCAGCCGCUGAGCAGGCCCCACCUACCCAGCCCAGCCCUGAUGACGCCAUCGCUGCCCCAUCUGUCGCCAUGGCAGCCAGUGCCACCCCAGGGGUGGGAGGGGUGGUGGGCGAGGGCGUUGUGGCAGCUGUCGCUACGGUGAAUGGGAAGCCAGUGAAAGAUAGCCUGAAGCCAUCGCCUAGUAAGGACAGGAGAGAGAACAACAUGUGAAGCACUUCAGAAACUACAAGACCCAUCAUGCCCCAGCUUAAAAAAAGUUCCUCACCUGCCUCCAUUCUCCUGCCAAGCCCCUAAUACACACACAUACACAGUGUUUUGUAUAGGAAGGCAGAGAUGAAUGGGUGAUUACACUGAUGGCCACCUCCUGAAUGGAGUGUGUGUGUGUGUGUGUGUGUGUGUGUGUGUGUGUGUGUGUGUGUGAAGUAAAGUGAUUAUCACUGUGUUCACUCUGUGAGUGCAGGUGUUUUGGAGGGGACCGAUCCAACUUGUUUAUGUUGGGUUAGGUGGCCUGUGUUGGUGCCUGUGGGUCCAGCCUCGGGGUUGAGACUACACCUUCGAGCUCUGAGAUUCAGCAGCUCACUCUUGCCUCCUAGCACUGGUGCAUCAGCAUUAGAGCGCCAGAGAAUGGCAUCUUUCCCCCAAUUGAAAUACUUCCUGUGAUUCAUUGAUUAGCUCAGCUUGCCUGCUACAGUGGAACUCACUUCUUUUUAGGGUCAGUGAGUAGUACCCCCACCCCCUGUGGCUCUUUUAGCAGAAUAGGCCUGAUCAAGUGAUCACAGAAUUUACAAACAGACAAAGCUAUGAGAUCCCCUUAUGAUGAUUUAUGUAAACCACUGUGCCAUAAACAAUGAAGACAGAAAGAAAAAAAUGCACAAUAAUGACCCUUAAAAACAAUGAAGAGAUCCUUAACUGACUGCAAUAUGUACUUAAUCAAAGUAAUCUAAAGAUAAAUCAAUUUUGUUGAUGUAUUUGUAUAAAAUAGCAUUUUUAAAAGAUAUAUAUAUAUCUAUAUAUAUAUAUAUAUCAUUAACAUAUAUGAAUAUAACUUGCUGUAUAACCUAUAUACUUAUUUGGCGCCAUUCCUAAAGUGAAAUGAAGCUCCAAAGUGAAAUGGGGCCAUUUGUAGUUUAAGAUCUAAAUGAUCCAGGAACAGAGAACUGAUGUUUUUCUUUUGUUUUUUUGUCUGGCUGCAUACCUAAUGUCUCACAAUCAAUGUGUCAUUUGUCAUUUCAUGUGUUUCUGAUGCACUAGCAGCAUUUAAAGUGAGAAGUAGUGCAGUUAGUAAGAGCAUGAAGUCCGUCUGUGAUUAUCUUCUCAUCUUUACUGUUGACUAAUGAUGACUCCCAGAUAGCUGUGACCCUUGGGUAGGAUCAUGUAAAAGUUAACUUAGACUAAGUGGUUAUCUGAGUUAACUGAAUUAACCAGGCUUGUCACUGAACGGUAUACCUGGAAUACUCCCAGAACUUUGGGCUGUCCAUACGAGCCUGGUGAUCAUCUCAGCUGUUACAGUGCAUUAAUGCAUUGGUGACCAAGUCCAGUACAGUUUCUGCUGCACCUAAAAAAAUCCAAUCCUUUCAAUGCUUUUCUCACACCUGAUCAAUCCUGCACUUAAACAAUAUCCUGUGCUUUUCCAUUAUGAUUUUCCAUUCAAAGGGCAGCAGUUGAAAUGAUCAGUCCUGGCUUGGCCUGGAUGUGCGGAUGAGAGAUGGCUACGCCCUGUUUUGUUGUGUCCAUACAUUUGCUUUCUUUUGAUUGUUUCUGUUGUUUAGUGUUCCUUUCUCUUUUUUUCUUGCGGGUGAGCAUGCAAGUCAUGAAGUGCGCCAUGACUCUGCCUGUGUUUCUACUGGAAGAUAUCAAACUAGAAUGAUGCUUUGUUGUCACUAAUGCUGCAUAGCCUGCUGAAGAAUCUCCUGUAUGUAUGUAUGUAUGUAUGUAUGUAUGUAUGUAUGUAUGUAUGUAUGUAUGUAUGUAUGUAUGAAUGUAUGUAUGUAUGUAUGUGUGAAUAAAUUGACGCAAACUGCAUGGCUGAGUGGUUGACUUAAAAUGGGUCGAUUUUCUGAUGCUGGUCCCGAAGUGGAUCCUGGAUGGAUCAGAACAGAAUUCAGUGUAUUGCUGCCAUUGCAUGGAUAUCUGUGUUAGAGACAUACUGAUCGACUAACUGUUAAAAGUAUUUUUUUUUUGCUAGCCCAUCUGGCCGAUAGAAUAACAUUGUCCAUCUCUGACAGAGCCCUUAAGAACCCUUGAUGUUUGUCAUGGUGAUUGUAUGACAACUCAUUGCAACUGAAAUUACCUAUGCUGUGUUAAGAUCUUUACUUUUUUUAAAUUAAUUUUUCAUAAUGUUUUUACUGGCUUUUUGUAGCUUCUCUGUUUCCGGUUAUGACUUUACAGAGCUGAUGAAUAAAGUGUAUGUCUGAGAAA